AAAUAAAUAAUGGAAUAUGUACAGUACAGGAUAUGAUUCGAGGAGACCGGUGAUGAUAUUGAGGGCGUUUUUCUCGAUUUUGUUUCCUCAAUAAAUUCAUCUACAAAAACGAAUUCCUGAUUUUCAGCGCAUAUUGGCAUCAUCGAUUCAUCGUCAACAUACCUAAUCCUCUUGAAAUUGUAGCUGUCUGCAAUUUAAUUUUUGAGCCCUAAAUCAGUUCCAUUGCAGAAUUUUGGGUUGUAUAUAUGUAUUUGAGUGGAGAUUAUGGGUUUGUUUAAGAAAAUCGCGGGGUUCUUUGGGUUAGCGAAAGACGAAGACCAGCAGCACCGCGACGGCGACGCUGCUCCGCCUCCCUUCUCCGUCCCAUACGCCGCGGCAGCUACUGCUUCAGCUCACCAUCUCCCUCGCAGAGGCUUCAGUGUUCCUGUUCAGGUCCCCGUCGAGCGGGGCCCUCCCCCUCCUCUUCUAGUGUUUUGCCCUUCCGGAGAUGGUGGAGUUCAGGGCUUGAGGUGGUAUACGAGGCGCCUUAGAAUAGAUGAAGAUGGAGAUCUUGCAGAUGAAUUCCUUGAUGAAGUGCCACCAGAAACGUCAAGAAGUGUGGAAGCACUUGAGAGCCCUGCACCAAGGUUUGAAGUGAAGUGCAGCACGAAACCGGCCAAAGUGAGGAACUUAGAAUUGCUUCCUAACGGUAAAAUUCAACAUCUCGUGGAGCACCAAGGCAGGCUAGAGUGGCUGUAAGUGACCUCUGAGAAGGGCAACAAUUACACUUCGAGAUUGGUUUCCAUAUUAUUAUCACAAUUCUUCUUCAAUAUUGUCGUUCCAAUCACAUUCAUCGAUUGAGGAAUGUGCGAAAGACAACAGUCCUCUGCUGUAUCAUCAAAAGUUCUUUUGCACAACGCCAAAUUGUUAUAUAUGCAGGAUAUUGUUAUCA